AUGCUCGAACUUCUCGAGUCUCAUACUAAUAAAACUCUUACUAAUGAAUAUUAUAAUGAUAUAACAAAGACUUUAGCCCAUCUUGAAUCAAUUUCUGCAGUAAAUCCUGCUAUGAUUGAACUUCAACCAGAAAUUCAAUGGUUUAUGAGACCUUUCUUACUUGAUUUCUUAAUUGAAUUACAUGCAUCAUUUAAAUUACAACCUCAGACAUUAUUUCUUUGUCUUAAUAUUAUUGAUAGAUAUUGUGCUAAAAGAAUUGUUUUUAAACGUCAUUAUCAAUUAGUAGGUUGUACAGCUCUUUGGAUUGCUGGUAAAUACGAAGAUAAAAAGCUGAGAGUUCCUACUUUAAAAGAAUUAACAAUUAUGUGUAGAAAGGCUUAUGAUGAAGAAAUGUUUGUACAAAUGGAAAUGCAUAUUUUAUCCACUUUAGAAUGGUCUUUAUCUCAUCCUAAUUUAGAAGAUUGUUUACAAUUAUCUAUUAAUUGUUGUGGUUUAACAGCUGAUUCAACUCCUACAAAGUAUAAUAAAUUUAUUCCAACUAAUAAUAAUACUUCAACUACUAAUAGUGCUUCAACUCUUUCGGCUGUAACUGCUAUAGGAAGAUUUUUAUGUGAAUUAUCUUUAUAUGAUAAAUAUUUCUUAUCUGUACCAACAUCAUUAGUUUCAAUAACUGCUAAUUUAUUAGCAUGUUCAAUGUUACAAAUCCCUCAUGCAUCCAAUUCUUUAUUAGCAUUAAUGAAAAAAUCCAUUCAUAAACCAUCCACUAGACGUCAUAUUUGCUUAUAUUCUAAUAAUAAUGAAAGUAAUUAUAGUCAUGACGCUCAUACUGCAUUAAACACUUGUCUUCGGAAUGUUAGUUUUGCCACAGACUUUAGUGGUGAUGAUGAUUUAAACGAUACUGAAGAAGAAGAAGAUAAUGAUGAUGAUGAAGAUGUAGAACUUGAUGAUGACGAUUUUAUAGAAGAUGAUGAUACUGAAUAUAACGAAAACAAGCAACCAGAAGUUCAUGGAGCCUUUUUAUCAGGACUUGAUGAAAAUGCUCUUCUUACUAUAAAGAAAAUUGCCCUUAUGUUUAUUAUUCAACUAAGUAAAGUAACAGAAGUAUUAUCCAAAAAGUAUGAACCAUUAGGAGUAAUUCAAGUAAUUAAUAAUUUCCAUAGUCGAUUCACAUUUAUAAUUCAAUCGAUAUAUGAAAAUCAAGAAUCCGUAAUUAAUUCGGGUGAUCAGGAAGAAGAAAUGGCAGUAGAUAUUAAAUUAUUACAAUUUUCUGAAAUUUUAUUACAAUUUCCUAGAAUUGAUACUAGUCCACAAUAUGAUGGUAAUGGAGAUUUUAGACCUCCACAAUCUCCAUUAAUAUUUAAUUCUUCAUCUUUAAGUCUUAAUGUUGGUUCUGAUCAUUUACCACCUCCUCCAGCUACUCCACCAUCCGCUAGUUCUCAAUAUUCUGUAUUUUCUAAUAAGAGACAUAAUGGUAGUUCAUCUACUUGUGUAACUCCAAUUCAUGGUAAUACUAUUCAUAAUCCUAAUAAUACCAAUGUAUCUAUAUCUUCAGCUUCAAGUUAUAAUUCUGGAAGUUCAAGUAUAAUAAGAAAUGGGAAAAUGAGAGUUAGUAAAUCCAAUAGUCAUCAGUAUAAAACUCAUUCAAAUAAUACUGGUAAAGAAUAUUCUCCAUUAAAUUCGGAGAAUGCGUGGUCUUCACCUAUUAUGAGAGGAUAUGUCACUGAUUAUUUAGGUGAUGGUACUUGUAAAGUUACCAUAGUUCAUGCUAAUGGAACUCAAGAACUGAAUCAAAUAGUUGCUCAAAAUACUUUAGAGAAUUGUAAUCCAGUCAAGUUUAAUAAAUGUGAUGAUAUGGCAGAAUUAACUCAUUUAAAUGAACCAUCAGUUGUAUAUAAUUUAUAUCUUAGAUAUAAUGAUAAUUUAAUUUAUACUUAUUCAGGUUUAUUCUUAGUUGCAAUAAAUCCUUAUAAGGAGUUACCAAUUUAUGAUAAUGCUGCUUUACACAAGUUUCAUAAUCAUGAAUUUGAAAGAUCUCCUCCUCAUAUCUUUGCUACAGCUGAAGGUACGUUCAGAAAUUUAUUAUCAAAUAAGAAAGAUCAAUCAAUUUUAGUUACUGGUGAAUCAGGAGCUGGUAAAACUGAAAAUACUAAAAAGAUUAUUCAAUAUUUAUCAUCUAUAACUACUGCUCCACCAACCUCACCAACUAAUUCUCCAGUAAGAUUAAGUAAAUCUCCUUCAAUUACAGGUUUAACUAUUCCAAAUACUAUUGAUAUUAAAAUCUUACGAGCUAAUCCAAUUCUUGAAAGUUUUGGUAAUGCUAAAACUGUAAAGAAUAAUAAUUCAUCAAGAUUUGGGAAAUUCAUUGAAAUCUUCUUUUCAUCAAAGGGAGAAAUUAAUGGAGCCAAUAUUGAUUAUUAUUUACUUGAAAAAUCUCGAGUCGUUCAUCAAAAUAAAGACGAAAGAAAUUAUCAUAUCUUUUAUCAAUUUCUUAAAGGAUAUGAUCAAUUAGCUAACUUUGGAUUAAAUAAAGAUAUAUCUACUUACAAAUAUUUAGAAAAUAGUCUUGUUACCAUUGCAAAAGUUGACGAUUUUAAAGAUUUUAAUUUAUUAGUUGAAGCCUUUAAAAUCGUCGGGUUUUCUAAUGAUGAAAUUAAUCAUAUUUUUCAAUUACUUGCAAUAAUUCUUCAUUUAGGUAAUUUAGAAUUUACAUCUUGGAAAUCUGAACAAGCCAAUUUUACUCAAGAAUCUCCCAUAGAUAUUCUUGUUGAAUUAAUGGGAAUUGAUAAAUCAUUAUUUGUUGAAAAUUUAUUACGACCAAAAGUUAAAGCAGGACGAGAAUUAGUUCAAAAACUGAAAAGACCAGCUGAAGUUAAAUUUUCAAUAGAUGCAUUUGCAAAACAUCUUUAUGAAAGACUUUUCCAAUAUAUAAUUUCAAGAAUUAAUGAUAAUUUAAGAAUGGAUUCAAAUGAUAAUCUUCAUGAACUUAAUUUUAUUGGAGUUCUUGAUAUUGCCGGAUUUGAAAUCUUUGAAAUUAAUUCAUUUGAACAACUUUGUAUUAAUUAUACUAAUGAAAAACUUCAACAAUUUUUUAAUCAUCAUUCAUUUAUUUUAGAACAAAGUGAAUAUCUUAAAGAAGCAAUUCAAUGGGAAUUUAUUGAUUUUGGAUUAGAUUUACAACCAACAAUUGAUUUAAUUGAAACUACUAAUCCAAUGGGGAUUUUUAAAUUAUUAGAUGAAGAAUGUGUAAUUCCUAAUUCAUCAGAUAAAUCAUUUAUGGAAAAAUUAUCUCAUCAUUGGGGGUCUGAUCAAAGUAAAAAAUUUAAAGAGAAUAAAUAUAAAUCUGGAUUUAUAAUUAGACAUUAUGCUGAUGAAGUUGAAUAUAAUGUUGAUGGAUGGUUAGAAAAAAAUACUGAUCCAGUUAGUGAAAAUGUAUUAAGAUUAUUAUUAAAUUCAAAUAAUCAAUUUCUUCGAGAUUUAAUUGAAAAUGAUGAUCAUCUUAUAGAUUCAAGUUCUGGUUCUGGUUCUGGUAAGAAACCAAAAUUAAAAUCUGCAUCAGUUAAACAUAAAAAUCAACUAAAAGAUCUUAUGGAUCAAUUACAACGUACUGAACCUCAUUUUGUUAGAUGUAUUUUACCAAAUUUAGAUAAAAAACCUAAUAGAUUUGAUAAAUCUUUAGUAUUAAAUCAAUUAAGAUGUAAUGGAGUUCUUGAAGGAAUUAGAAUUACUCGUGCUGGAUAUCCUAAUAGAAUGACAUUUCCUGAAUUCUUUCAAAGAUAUGCUAUUAUUAAUAGUAAAGAAGUAUUUACCAAAGAUGCAAAAACUAAUAGUGAAUUAAUUUUAAAACAUAUAGAAUUAGAUCCAAAAACUUAUAAAGUAGGAAUUACUAAGAUUUUCUUUAAGAAUGGGAUCUUGGGGAAACUUGAAGAAGUAAGAGAUUUAACUUUAAAGGGAAUCUUUAGUGAUUUACAAGCCAUAAUUCGAGGAGGAAUGGCAAGAAAUGAUAUUCAAAAACGAAUUAAAGAAGUCCAUGCAUCUCAAUUAGUUGCUAGAACAUUUAAUCAACUUGAAAAGGCUAAGAAACAGAAUCCUUGGCUUGAAUUAUUUGUAACCAUUAAACCAUUACUUGAUGAUUCAGCUCUGGUAUUAGAUACUCAACAACUUCAUGAGAAUAUUCGGAAACUUACUAAGAAACUUGAAGAAACUGAACAGGUUAAAGUGUCACUUGAUUCAGAAGUUAAUCAAUUGAAGCAACAAGUUAAUCGAUUAGAAGAUGAAGUUAUAACCACCACCAAUAUCGUUAAGAGUAAAGAUCAAAAGCUUGAGAAGUUUAAGUCCGAUGAGUCUCGAACCGUUAAUACAAUUAAGAAAUUAGAAGCCAAACUCAAAGAGUAUAAAGAAACCAAUCAACAACUCGAGAAGGCCAAAUCCACUAAAGAAAAUGAAUUCAAUGAACUUUUUGAAAAACAUAAUAAAGUUAAUGAACAGUUUCAAGAACUUAGUGAAAAGCAUAAGGAAGUUACUGGACAAGUUACUCAAUAUACGUUAGACACUAAAACAUCACAAGCUACUAUUGAUAAACUUACUUCUGACUUAGCUAAGAAACAAAAGGUUAUAAGUAAACAUGAAGCUAAAAUCGCCGAACUUGUAGCUGCUAAAGAAUCUAUUGAUACCUCUACUCAGAAGGAGUUAUCAACCCUUAGAGAUACUAAUGCUCAAUUAAAGGCAGAGGUCAAUACCCAUAAGUCAUUACUUCCUCAGCAUGAACAACUUCAGCAAGAAGUUUCAAAACUAAAAGCAUUAACUGAAUCUCAUCAAAAUACCAUCAGUGACAAAGAUAAAGAACUUGCGUUACUUCAUGUGAAUACCCAAACAUUUGAAUCGGAAUCAGCUAAAUUAACUCGGAAAGUGGCUGAUACUGAACUGAAACUUAAGGAUUUACAAGCACAGCUUUCUAAUGCCAAUAAGGAUAAAAAAGAACAUAUGAAUGCAUCAUCUCAGUAUCGUCAAGAAGUCCUUGUACUUACAGAAAAGCUUAGUAAGAAUGCUGUUAAUGAGAAUGAAGUUAAUGAAUUAAAAUCUCAAAUUAAGCAAUUAAAGUCUCAAGUAGAAUCUAAUGAAGAACUUCGACAAUCUAUGACUAAGCUUCGAUUGGAUUAUGAAGGAGCUAAAAGUGCUAAAGCAGAAUAUGCUGAUAAAAUCAAUACCUUAAAUAAGAAGAUUAUUCAACUUGAAAAUGAAUUAAUUGAUCGAGAAAAUGAAAAGGAGAAUCAACCACCAGAUCCAUCAUUUGUUGAAGAAUUUGCUAAUAUGAAAAUUAAACUUAAUGAACAAAGUGCAGCCUUAAGAAAGGAAAAAUUUGAAAAUAAGAAAUUGAGUGAAGAACUUAUGAUGGUUAAGGAAAGAAUUAAUCUGACCCCUAAUAGAAGAUCAGUUGCUAUGGGAGAAAGAAUUAAUAUUAAUGGAAAUCUGGAAGUAUUAAUAGAAGAAAUAAAUUCAUUAAAGAUUCAAUUACAACAAGAACAAGCCAAUGCUCAACGAGCCGAAUCUUAUGCAAUUGAACUUCAAAAGAAAUAUAAUAAAUUAGAAUCUACUCGAGGUUUAAAUAGUUAUAAUGAUUAUGAAAAGAAAUUCAAAGAAUCUCAAGAAAGAAUUGGAGAAUUAGAAGCUCGAUUUGAAGAAGCAUUUGGAGAAACAACCACUGAUGGAUCGCAAAGAUCUAUAACUAAAAGUGAAAGUUAUGGUAGAAUUAGUUUACUUAAAGGUUCUAAUCAAGAUUUUGCUCAAAUUUAUCAAGAUAUUACUAAGACAUUAAAAGCUACCAGAGAGGAGCUAGCAAGCUCCAAGACGGAAAUUUUAAGAUUAAAAUCUUUACUUCGAGAAUCAGAAGAAGAAUUAUAUCAAGUUAAGACUCAAACAUUUAAAGCAUCAAUUACUGAAUAUGAAGAUCAAUUAGCUCAAUUAAAAGUAAAACAUGAUACUAUUUCUAGUAAGAAUAAUGAUCUUCAAACUAAUCUUGAAUUAUAUAAAAAACGAUCAGAUGAGAGUUUUACUAAAUUAGAAUUAGCUGAAUCGGCUAUAAAGAUUUCCAAAAGACAUGAAGAAAUUGCAGUUAAAGAACUUGAAGAAGCAAAGACUCAAUUGAAACUUAUUAAAGAAGAGUGUAGAACUUCUCAAAUUAUUAUUAAAGAUAUUAGAAAACAAAAUUCUCAACUCGAAGAUACGAUUCGUGAUCGUGAUCAUCGUAUACAACAACUUAAGAUAGAAAAGACUAAUCUUCAUGAAAAAGUGUUAUAUUUCACUAAUAAUUACGCCAAUAAGGAAGUUACUGAGAAAUAUAAAGAUGAGAUAAGAGCUUUACAUAAAGAGUUAAAUUUUAAAAAUGAAACUGAAACAACAUUAGUCAAAGAAAAUAAACAAGUUCUGCUUGAUCUUGAAGAUAUGAUAAGAGAUAAGAAAGCUCUUGAACAAGAAUAUGAAGAAUUAUUAAAAUCCGAACAAAGUUUACAAGCUCAAAAUGAAGAAUUAUCUAAUCGAAAACUUCAAUUGGAAAAUAAUCGAGAUAUUAAUGAACGGAAGAUUAAUAAUUAUGAAAAACAAGUCAAUUCAUUAAAGGAAUUGACUGAUGAAUUGAGUAGUCAAAAACAAGAAUUAUUAAAUCAGAAUGAAAUAUUGAAAGCUCAAGUAACUAAAUUAACAAAUAAUUUAGAUGAUACUCAAUCUCAACUUAAAAAGGCUAAUUCUGAUAAUGAAAUGUUCCGUACUCAUAUGAAUAAUCAAAGAAAAGAAGCUGAAGAUAUUCGAGCAGAAUUUAGUCAAUCUAAACUUGAAAGUACUAAAGAAAUUCAAGAUUAUCAAAAUAUUCGAAAGAAUCUACUUGUAGCUACAGAAGAGAAUAUUACUCUUAAGAAAGUUAAUGAACUGUUAAGUAGUAAAGUUCAUGAUUUAGAAGAAAAAUUAUAUAGUAACGAGCAAAUUAAAUUUUGGGAACAGAAAGUUAGUGAAUUAAAUCAACAAUUGGAUAAAACUCGUCAUGUUAAUUAUGAUUAUUCUAACACUAUUGCUAAAUUAGAAAAAGAAGUUAAACGAUUAGAGAUUAAUGCCGAAAAUGAAGCUCAAUUAACAAAGAAAUACAGUUCAGAGAAUUUUAAUUUUCAAAAUUUAUUACAACAAAACAAAACGGUUAUUCAAAUACUUCAAAGUGAACUGGCUGCUAAGGAUUUAACAAUAAGUAAGAUCCAAAGAGAUAUUGAAAGCACUCGAGAAGUGAUGAUGGUUAUGGAGAAGGAAGUACUUGAGCUACGAGAACAACUUGGAAUUAGAUCGUAG